AUGUUAGCGGCGGGCCUAUCGUUCGAAAGCGCUACGGAAAUUUGUGCCAGGCCAGAGUAUAUAGGACGUGCCAGCGUUGCAGCCGCAAAUGCUCCUACAAGUGUCACUCUUUCUGGUGACUUAGAUGCAAUUGAUGAAAUCAAGGCCGAGUUGGACUCCGAAAAAACAUUCAACAGGAAACUGAAUGUCGAUACGGCAUAUCAUUCACAUCAUAUGAAGGCCUGUUCGACUGCGUAUCUAGCUUCCCUGAAGGCGUGCAAUAUUCAAGUUCAGAGGCCCAAAGACAGCUGCGUUUGGGUAUCGAGCGUCCAUGGAAACGCGGAUGUAGUGCUGGCAGAUGAGGACGACGAAGAUAAGUUGAAUGUUCUUAAGGCCCAGUACUGGGUGGACAAUCUCCUCAGUCCUGUCUUGUUUGCACCGGCAGUAGAGCACUCCCUUGGGAAAGCUGGCCCUUUUGAUGCCGCAGCCGAAGUUGGACCUCAUCAUGCACUCAAGGGCCCCGUCACUCAGAUUCUCAAGGCCUCGCUAGGCAACGUGUUACCAUACUUCGGCACUAUGCGACGAGAUGAAGAUGAGGUCGAAGCCCUCUCAGGCGCGCUAGGAUAUCUCUGGGAGAAUUUAGGGCCUGCUGCCUUAAUUGACUUCGAAGGGUACCGACGAGCCUUCAGUGACCCACAGGACAAGUUCCAAGCCCCAAGGCUGGUCAAAGGACUGCCCUCCUAUUCCUGGGAUCAUAGCAGAAUACACUGGAAAGAGUCGCGCAUUUCGCACAACUACCGGCUCAGUGACAGACAUAUCCAGGAGAUUCUGGGUCGCAGAGCAACAGAUGAUACGCCUGAGCUGCUCCGAUGGCGUAAUAUUCUCCGGCCAACUGAGAUUCCCUGGGUUAGGGACCACGCAUUCCAAGGGCAAAUUCUUCUUCCAGGCGCAUCUUAUAUUGCUGCUAUCAUCGAGGCGGUCAAAGUCCUAGCCAAGGGAAGCUCCAUCAAGUAUAUCAAGCUUCUAGAUGUCAAGAUACCUAAAGCAGUUGUUCUACACGAGAACAAGUCGACGGAGCUCAUCACAAGUCUUCAACUCAAUCACAAGACCGGAAGUCUCUUGUCAGCCGACUUCGCUUUCUCCGCAACCUCAGCCGACGAUGCGAAGGCCGUGCCUGAGAGGACAUGUAGCGGGAGUGUCGAGGUAUACCUUGACGAGGGAAGUUCAAACCAAAGGGUUCGACUGCCUUUGCCCAGCAAAGCACCACCCAACACGAACGCUGUGGACCAUGAACUCUUCUAUGAAAAUCUGAGGGAUCUGGGCAUCAACUACCAGGGCUUAUUCCGUGCGGCCAAGUCUGUCAAAAGGGUAUUGAAUUAUGCUUCCACCAUCACCUCAUGGGAUGACGGAAAUCUUGGGAACUUGUACUCACUUCAUCCUGCUGUUCUGGACGUUGGACUUCAAGCUGUGCUAGCGGCGUUUGCUUCUCCAUCAUCGGGUCAAAUGUGGACGAUGUACCUCCCAGUAGGUAUCCGACAAAUGACUAUCCAUAUGGAUAGCUUGCCGAGAUACAGUGCAGCAGGUAUCGAGACUGAAAAUGUUGCACGGGUGACAGCUUCGUCGACAAAGGGGAUAGAGGGCGAGGUACAAAUCAUGUUCGACUCUCGUCUGGCCGUGCAAAUCGAGGACCUUGAGAUGCAGGUGGCAGGGGAUGCCUCGACCAGUAGCAAGCAAUUACUGUUCUCCAACACGCGCUGGGAUAGUGAUAUAUCAACAGGCAUUGACAAGCUUAUGAUGGAGAAACCGGAUCGCGUGUCCCAUAACGAGCUGUAUGAGGCACUGGGACGUACAGCCCUCUACUACUACCGUACUCUGUUGGACGAAAUUUCGCCCCGUGAGGUAAAGGGCUUCGCCUGGCACCAACAGUUGUUCUGGCAAUCAGCUCAACAUUGGGUAGAGGAGGUGGGCGCUGGACGCCAUCCUAAUGUGAAGCGAGAGUGGCUGGAGGACUCCCGCGAAGCCGUAUGGAAACAGGUCGAGAAAUAUCAGAAUAGUAUUGACAUUGUCAUGAUGCGUGCGCUAGGCGAAAAGUUGCCAUCCAUUGCCCGAGGCCAGACACAAGCAAUAGAGGUGAUGAUGGAAAACGAUAUGCUGGGCCAAUUUUAUGCCGCGGCCUAUGGAUUUGAGAGUAUGAACGACCAGAUUGCGCGCGCUCUCAGUCAGAUCAGCCAUCGAUACCCCCAUGCUAAUAUUCUUGAAAUCGGUGGAGGUGUCGGAGGAACUACUGGCAGUGUGUUACGAGCCAUGGGAGAUGCAUUCAGUCAUUACACAUUUACUGAUAUCUCAUCGGGCUUUUUUGAAAAGGCGGCUGAGAAAUUUGCCGAAUAUCGCCACAAGAUGACUUUUCGAGUCUGUGAUAUCGAGAAAGAUCCCAUUGACGAAGGUUUUGUUGAAGAGGGCUACGAUGUCAUCAUAGCUGCAAACGUGCUUCACGCCACACGCAACAUGGCCGACACGAUGCGCCAUGUCCGUCGUCUUCUAAAGCCGGGAGGGUAUCUGGUAAUGAUGGAAAUGACAGGCGAUAUGUUGCGAAUGGGCUUCAUCAUGGGUGCACUUACUGGAUGGUGGUUUGGUGCACAGAUGGGUGAUGAAGGCCGUCAAUGGUCACCUGCCCUUUCGGUUGUACAGUGGGACGAUCUACUACAGCGUACCGGGUUUUCGGGUGUUGACCAGGCCGUGGCUGACCAUACCGUUUCGCAGAAACACCAAGUGACUACAUUGGUGAGCCAGGCUGUUGACGAGCAAUUUAAUGUGUUGCGCAGCCCUCUGUCGAACUUGGACCUUCUUCCAACGCUAUCGCAUAGGCUGGUGAUAUUGGGCGGUGAGACCCUUCCUAUAGCCAGAUUAGCAAAAGACUUGAAGAGGAAGCUUGCCUCAUGGAUCUCAUCCAUUGACACCAUAUCACAUCUCGAGUCGCUCUCGCUCGACCCCCUUGAGCGGGUAUCGGUGAUCAGUCUAACUGAGCUUGAUCAGUCGUUGUUCGCCAUUGAGAUGACGGCGGACAAAUUAGAUAAGAUCCAAACGCUUUUGAGUGCAUCUGAGUCCAUUCUCUGGACAAGGACCGGGAGUAGAGGGUCGGACCCAAACUCCAAUAUGUUCACAGGUAUCGCCCGAGCGCUUCGUACGGAACAGCCUGAUAUCAACUUGCAACUGUUGGAUUUAGAGAAGCCGUCAGAUGCCAAUUCUGAAGUUUUGGCUGAGUAUUUUAUUCGGUUAGUGCUGGCCAAGCAGCAGGACUAUAGUGAAAAGUCGAUGCUAUGGACGACGGAACCCGAGCUAGCCCUUGAUGGGGAGAUCUUGAAAAUCUCGCGCCUCAUCCCCGACAGAUCUCGUAAUGAGAGAUACAAUGCAACACGCCGUAUGAUUACUAAGAACGUGACCUUGGCGAGCUCAGAAAUCGAGAUCGAUAUCCAAGAUGGUGUUGUCUCGCUUUUGGGAGUGGAGUCUGCUCUCUCUCGUCGCCUAAUGGCGCCUCGUACUCCAGAUCAGCUUGUCCUGGACGUAGAUCUGUCGAUGGCUCUUCCAUGUACGGAUCAACAGUAUUUUCUCUGCUACGGCUCUGUUAGACAGAAGGGUGGAAAAGCCUAUACAGUGUCCCGCAAAAACGGGUCUGUUAUUCUCAGUAGUUUUGACGAGACUCUACAGCUAGAAUCACCACCUGGGAAUGCACCAAUGCUCAUGGAAGCGCUUGCUGCACAGAUCAUUGCUCGUAGCCUCGCCUCCAAUCUGUCUCGACGAGGAGCCAUUUUGGUAUACGAGCCGCCAUCUGAGAGCUUUGUCCAAGCUAUAGAGUACAGCAGUUCGUGGAAAGGACGCCAUGUCUACUAUGCCACUUCAAGGACAGAUCCAGCCGUACCCACAUCAUGGAUCUAUAUCAAUCCCCAUGCACUCACCUCUUCCAUUAAGCAGAUGUUACCUAGUGACAUCGCCACUGUGGUUGACUUUUCUGCUCCGAAUGCACGUGAUAUUCGAACUUUUGUUCCCACCAACUGCUUGAUCAAACGACUUUCGUCGUCAGUCCUCGAGGCUGAACGCCAGGAUUUGGCCAGUGCGUAUACCGAUGCCCUUCUUGAGUUUAAGGACACGAAGAAAAGCAAUACAACGGUCCUUCCCAUCCAAACUUUGGCAGCAAGCGCUUCGUCAACCACGGCGUACCCUGCUCUGAUUGACUGGAGGCCGCAGAAUGAUGAAUCAAUCAUGGUUCAGGUCAAGCCUUUGAUGCCGCUCGGAAUGUUCUCAUCAACCAAAACGCACUUUAUGGUGGGUUUGAAUGGCGAUCUUGGUCAGUCCAUCUGCGCUUAUAUGAUUCGGAAUGGGGCUCGUUAUCUCGCGAUUGGCAGCCGACGCGGCGAGGUGAACCCAGACUGGCUUGAAAGCAUGCAAAGAGACCACCGGGCGGAUAUCCGUCUGUACAAGAUGGAUGUUUGCAGCCGGCAAUCUGUUCGUUCAACCAUAGAUCAGAUUGAAUCCGAGAUGCCUCCCAUCGGUGGGGUUGCCAAUGGAGCCCUGAUCCUCCACGACAAGAUGUUUCUCAACAUGGAUGUCGAGUCCCUCAACGACACGCUCAAGCCCAAAGUUGAUGGGACGAGGUAUUUGGAUGAGCUCUUUUCCGCGCCUAAGUUGGACUACUUUGUCCUCUUUUCCUCCGUGGCAACAGUAGGAAAUAAUCGUGGCCAAGGCAACUAUCAUGCAGCGAAUCUGUUCAUGGAAAGUCUCGUGUCGAAUCGCCGGUCCAGAGGACUGGCGGCUUCUGCGAUUCAUAUGGGUGUGGUCGUUGAUGCUGGCUAUGUCGCCAGUCAUCCAGAAAAAUUGCGGGCGCUGGAAGGCUUUAUGUGGACGUCGGAGGCUGAUGCCCACUUUUUAUUUGCUGAGGGAGUCCUUGCCAGCCCGGCUGACUCACAGCUGGCUGCCGACAUUUGCAUGGGCUUUAAACCAUUCUUCCGGCAGGGCGGAGAGGCGGCUAGCCCGAAACCGUCGUGGUAUGGGGAUUCGCGCCUCUCACACUUCAUCGUGCAAAUGGAUGAAGGGGGUGGAUCACGUAACCCGACACAGGAGGCCGGAGCGAAGGUAAAUCUGAGAAGACCGCUGGAUGAGGCCAAAACAGCUCAAGAGGCCCAUUCCUUGUUACAAGAGGUCCUUUCGGUCAAGCUUGAGACCAUGAUGCAGCUUGAUGUCGGAAGCGUGAAUGCUCACGUCCCCCUGUUGGCCAUGGGCUUUGAUUCGCUUAUCGCUGUCGAAACACGCAGCUGGCUUUUGAAGGAGAUUAAUAUUGACAUUCCCGUGCUUCGAUUUCUCAGUGGUGACACUAUCCACGAAAUCUGCGAGGCCGCAUCAGCCCAGUAUUUUGCGUCUCGAGUAGAGCAGAUUCAGGAGUCGGAGAAAGUGCAGAUAUCCGCAACAGAUCAUGAUCAGAUGCCCGAGAUGAAGCAGACGGAGCAACUUUCCAUAAGUACAUCUUCAUUGGAGACCUCGCCAACCCCUACAACAAUGUCCUCGAAUUCUCCAGCUGGAAGCUCGUGGGUAGAAGUAGAACCAGACGUCGAGGUGGAGAAGGUGGCGACAGCAGAGAUAGUGAAAAAGAUUGAGAAGCCAAAGCGAACAGAAUUUGUGCGAGAAGAAGCAAUGUCUUACGCGCAAUCUAGGCUUUGGUUUCUAGACCAGUAUCUGGAUGACCCAACGACGUGCAAUAUUGCCGUCUCCUAUAUGAUCAAGGGCUCGCUUGAUCCCGCCAGGCUUCGCGAAUCACUCGACAAAGUCAUUGCCCAUCACCCAGCUUUGCGGACCUGCUUUUUUGCCAAUAAUGAGACGGGUGAACCUACCCAGGGACUUUUGCGUAGUCCCUCUCUUUCAUCUUCUCUUAAGUACCACCACGCUUCGAGUUAUGAGGAGGUCCAGCGUGAGUUUGUCAAGCUGCAAAAUCACGAAUGGGAUUUGGCCAACGGACACGUCUUUGAGGCAACUCUGAUAUCUACAGAGAAUAAGGAUCAGCAUUUUAUCGUUUUUGGAUAUCCCCACAUUGUAAUCGAUGGUGUAAGCUGGGCCGUGUUCUUACGCGAUCUCCAACGAGCGUAUACUUCACAGCCGUUGAGUCGACAGAAGAAGUUGUACUUGGAGGCGUCUCUAGAGCAGAGAAAGGCCGUAGCCUCCGGCGCACUGGAUAAUGAAAUAGCCUACUGGAGAAAGAUCCAUGCGGAAUUACCUGAUGUUCUGCCGCUGCUCCCUUUCGCCUCCACUCGACGCAGGCGACCGAUGCGGCGAUAUGAAGGCCAUACUGUCACAACAGAUCUGGGCAGUCAACUGGUUAGCAAGAUCAAAGCUGCGAGUAUGGCUCUACGCGUAACACCAGUUCAUUUCUAUCUUGCGGCGGUGCAGGUUCUCUUCUCCAAGCUAAUUCCUGCCCAAAAUCUUGAUCUCUGCAUCGGUAUCACGGAUGCCAGUCGCACUGAUGAGGAUAUUGCUGACACAGUCGGUUUCCUUAUGAAUAUUCUCCCACUGCGAUGUAAGUAUGGUCGAAAUGAUUCGUUUGCCGAGCUGGCUCAACGGACUUCCAAACAAGUGCUCGAGGCACGUAGCAACUCUCAGGUUCCAGUCGACGUAAUCCUCGACCGCCUAAACGUGCCGCGGGAUGUCUCCUUCAACCCGCUCUAUCAGAUCACUUUCAACUACCGUAAUUCGGCAAUAUCUGACGUAGACUUGGGAAAGGAUUGUACUCUAUCAAUGGACGCUUUCCGUGAUGCAGAAAUGCCUUUCGAUCUCGCCUUUGGGGCAUACGAAACUGCAGAGGGCACAUGUCGCUUCCAGGUUGUCGGUCAGACUUAUCUGUAUGACAGAGACGCAACCGAAUUAGUCUCACGCGCUUAUAUCAGGCUACUUGACAUGCUAUCCUCAGACACAUCGAGGAUUCUCGAGCAGUAUGACAUGACUGACUCGGUUGCCGUACAGAAAGGAAUCUCAGUUGGAAAAGGGCCCCGGAAGAUACCUGAUGGGCCUAACACCCUCUCGAAAAGAGUAGACACCCAUUCUAAGCGAAAUGGAUCUAGUGUGGCUAUUAUCGAGCCCCAUAAAACAACUACAUACAAUCAACUCGAAGACAGAAUCCACUCAUUGGUUUCACUCAUUCAGAAAAGACUGAAAUCUAAUGGCUGUCGCAUAGCAGUACUCUGCCAACCAUCAUCGAAUAUUAUUGUCUCCAUGCUGGCGAUAUUACGACUGGGUCAUAUAUAUGUGCCACUGGACGCCAGUCUCCCAAGAGAACGGCAUGCUGCUAUUUUGGCAGAUUGCCAGCCGACCAUCCUUCUUUGUCAUGAAGAAACUCUUGAAUUGGCCUUGACUCAGAUGAACGAUAACUCUGUUGUCAACCUUUCUGACCUCUCAAUGCUGGAGUCGGCAACUGAUGCUAAUUCUCAAAUUGAUCUGUCUGAUCCAACGAGCCCAGCAUUUCUCUUCUACACCUCUGGUUCUACAGGGAAACCGAAAGGUAUUAUGCUCAACAAUUUUGGUAUGCUGAACCACAUCGCCACGACAACGUCUGCAGUUGGGUUGCAACGUGAGACGGUCCUACAACAAAGCUCGUUUGGCUUUGACAUGUCCCUUACUCAAACAUUCUGCGCCCUCGCUAAUGGCGGUUCGCUUGUUAUUGCCCCAAAAGCAUCUCGUGGUGACCCCGUUGCCCUCUCCAAACUGAUGCUCGAACACAAUGUCACUCUAACCUUCGCUACACCGUCAGAGUAUACUAUGCUUCUGCGAUACGGGCAAUCGUGGUUGCAAAAAUGCACGAACUGGAAGCAUGCAUUCAUGGGCGGUGAAGCCGUGACGCAACAGGUCCUACAAUCCUUUUCGGAAUUGGGAAAUCCCAACAUCCGGUUGACAAAUGGCUAUGGGCCAACUGAGACCUCGUGUGUAGUGUCGUUCGAAAACCUAUCUACAGAUAGCCAGCAAAAGAUCACAGAGUAUACAUCUGUCGGAAAGGCGCUACCCAACUACUCGGUGUAUAUUCUCGACGAGACCUCUUCACAGCCUGUACCACUGGGCUAUCCAGGUGAGAUUUGUGUCGGUGGCGCAGGUGUCGCUCUAGGAUAUCUAAACCUGUCCAGCCUCUCAGCAUCCAAGUUCUUAGAAGACCCAUUUGCCACUGCAGACGACGUAUCACGAGAUUGGACACGUAUGUUCAAGACAGGAGACCGAGGAAGAUUGUUAUCAGACGGGUCAUUGAUUGUUAUGGGGCGAAGAGACGGCGAUACCAUGAUUAAGCUGCGCGGCCUGCGGAUCGACUUGGAUGAUGUGGCCAAUACGAUGGUUCAAGCGGCCAGUGAAGUGAUUGCUGAGGCCAUUGUCACGGCCCAUGGAGAAGAUGAGGCUAAAAGGCUCGUCGCGCAUGUGGUAUUGCGUCCAGGGGAAAGUGAGAAGCUUGGAGCUAGAGAGUUGCGGAAGUUGGCACAGAACUUGCCCCUGCCGACGUACAUGUGUCCCUCGCUUGUUGUUGCGUUGGAUAGCCUACCGCGCACGACGAACGGAAAAGUCGAUCGUAAGGCCAUCCAGGCCAUGGAUCUUCCACUAUCAGAAGAGCAAGGCGAUGGUAGCACCGAGAAGCUUUCGUUACAGGAAGGAGAAGUCAGUUUGUUGUGGGAAGAGGUACUUGGUCAAUCCAUGGCUGGGUCUAGAGUAGACUUGACGCCGGAGUCUGAUUUCUUCAUGGUUGGAGGAUCCUCUCUCUUGUUGAUGCAGCUACAAGGAGCGAUUAGGGAGACGCUUAUGCUGACAGUAUCCAUCGCGGAGUUGUAUCAAGCAAGCACUCUGGGCCGUAUGGCGGCACAUCUAUUUGCCAAGAAGGAUAAUCAAGGACCCAUUGAGGAACUUGAUUGGGAGAAGGAGACCGAGUUCCAGGUGCCAUCAAUGAGUCUCAGCACACCAACCACCAGCUCUGUUCGAGACUCUGGCUACGAAAUUCUGCUAACAGGCGCUCAUUCUUUCCUUGGGGCUGAGAUCCUACAAAUACUAGUUCAUGAUAGUAGUGUUAAGCGAGUUCAUUGCGUAGCACUCCCAAAGAAAGCCCUCAAAACAGCACCUCUAUCCAACAAGGUAGCAUGCUACCCAGGCACCCUUCAAUCCGAAUCCCUUGGGUUGUCCCCAGAGGAUAUCUCCUUUCUGCAGCCACGCAUCAACCUCAUUAUCCACGGGGGCAGCAUUGGGCACUGCAUGAACAAUUAUCCAUCCUUACGAGCGCCAAAUAUUGGAUCUCUACGAUUUCUUGUAGACUUCGCUUACCCACGCAGAAUACCAAUACACUUCAUCUCUUCUAGCCGGGUAACACUUCUCUCUGGCAAGGACCAGCUCCCGCCGGUAUCAGUAAGCGCUUUUGAGCCCCCUAAAGACGGUUCUUCGGGUUUCACAGCAUCCAAAUGGGCCGGUGAGCGAAUUCUCGAAAGAGUCGCUCAGACGACGGGCAUCAACGUGACAGCGCAUCGUCCAUGUGCACUUAUUGGGACCAAUGCGCCACCAGAGGAUGCGCUCAAUUCGAUCCUUCGUUUCUCACUUGAACGAAAUAUUGUGCCACGAUUCAGCCACUGGGACGGGUUUCUAGACUUCGCAUCUGUUACUGCCGUUGCUGCAAACAUUGCUAGACUAGCACUGAAGAAGGACACGUCCCUGAGCGACAGCGAUGCAUCCAAAGAAUCCAUCGUUAAUCUUGGGUCGGCUGGAGAUUCGACCCUCGUAAUUGCACAUCAUUCUAGCGGCACCAAAUCACCUGUGGCCAAGUUCCAGACUCAAAUGGAAACUUUAUUUAACCAGGAGUUUGCCGAGCAGGAUAUGACUGAAUGGAUCGCAGAGGCUGUCAAGAUUGGUAUGGAUCCGCUUAUUAGCACCUUUUUGAUGGCAAUGGUCGAUAAGAACGAGAUUAUUAGCUUCCCAUAUCUCGGAGAGCCUUUGAAAUAG